AUGAAGUUGGUCGGACGCCGGUUCUCCAAGCUCGCCGUGCUGGCAAUGGUGGCAGCGCUCUCCUUCACUACCUCCUACCUCCUGCUGCCGCAGUUCGACCCUCCAGCCUGGCAGCAACCCUUUUUGCCCAGGGUCCAUCUCGCUGCCAGCUCCGCCCCCUGCGCCUCCACCAGGAAGGUCUUCGAAGACGAUGGUCACCAUCCACCCUUCAUCAAAAUCGAAGAGCUGCUCACCACCGCUGGCGACGUCAGCCGCCAGAGGCGUGCGCCCGGGUGUCCUCCCGAGGGCACCCUGUGCCGCCUGGAAGACGUGUUCGACGAGAUCUUCGUCAUCUCCCUGCCGCGCGCCACCGACCGGCUGGCUCGCGUCCGCGCCCAGCUGGCCGCGCUGGGCGUGCCCUACACGCUAGUCCACGCCCUGGAGGGCAAGCUCAUGGCCGGCGCCCACCACCUGGCCAAACUCGUCAUGACCAAUCUGCCCGACCAGCACCCGGGCGUGUUCGCUCUCUACCUCACGCACCUGGGCAUCCUGGACUACGUGGCCCGGUCGGCGGGCCUCGAGCGGGUGCUCAUUCUCGAAGACGACGUCACCUUCUGCGCCGACUUCCCGCGCGCCUUCGAUGCGCGCAUGCGUCGCAUGCCGAGCGACUGGCGCAUUCUGUGGCUCGGCGGGAUGGUCUGGCAAGCCACCUACCAGAACGCCGAGGCGCUGGACCACUUUGUCGAUGUCGGCUUCGCCCGCCCGACCCGCAUGUCUUCGUCCUUUGCGCUGGGUUUGCGCCGCGAGUCCGUCGCCUUUGUGGCCGAGCAGAUGAUCACCUUGGGCGAGGCCAUCGACGAACAGGCCUUCGCCAAGGGCCUGAUAAAGUGGCCCAACCAGACCCUGCUCAUGUGGCCGCCCGUGGCCAUGACCAACCCCUACCACGGCUCGGGCCUCGGCCACGGUUGGAUGGAGACGCCGGCUGUGUGGGCGCGCGACAACGGAAUCGACCUGGCCAACUUCGACCUGGCGCGCGACUACCACGUCGGCGGCGAGUUGGGCUCCGACCUGCGCUGCGUCAUUGACGAACCGGCAACCGGCGGUGGAGGGGCAGAAGUGAAGGAGGAGGAGGAGGAUGUGCCGAUGGUGUCGGUAGUGGAGAAUGCAGCGGUGGAUUUCUUCGUGGGCAAGACGGAGGUGGUCAACAGCUCGGCCGAGUGCUGCGCCAGGUGCUCGCGCGACUUCCCGUGGUGUCUGGCCUGGCGCUGGUACACCAACAGCCGCAGGUGCGUGAUCUCGUCGGACACCACGCCGCGAGUGUGGUCGGAAGCGGCCGUGUCGGGCCGCAUGGUGCAGGAGGACAGCGUGCCGCGCGUGCCCAACGUGGUCCACAUCUUCCCGCCUCGCCGAGAUGACACCACCUCUGCCCGGCGGCGGCGACGGCGGCUGGACGUGUGGAGCUACAUCUCUGUGCUCAGCGCCGCCAUCAACACCGAGCCUGACCACAUCCGAUGGCACCAAGAUCAAGGCCAUGGCGGCGGCGGUUCGCUGCCGGAGGGUCCCUGGUGGGACGAGUGCACGCUGCCGCUCAUCUCCUCGCUACACCUUAUCGCGGACUCCACCACCGCCACCAGCGGGGAACAGAGGGAGGACGACGUGCGGCUCGGGGUGCUCAUCGACGAGGGCGGCAUCUUGCUCGACACCGACGCGCUCGUCGUGCGCUCGUUUGCGCCCUUGCGAGCUCGCCAAGCGGUCUCGCUCGCCCGCGACGGCCUCGACCGCAAGCUGGCCGGCGUGGGCGUGAUCGUGGCGCCUCGCAACGCCAGCUUUCUCCAUCGGUGGCGGGCCAAGGCGCGCGAUCAGCACCUGGCGGACGACUACCAGUCCCAGGCCGUGGCGCUCCGGCUGGCCGAGCGGCACUCCGACGAGGCCAAGCUGCUGUCGCACGCGGCCUUCUAUCCGCGGUCGUCCUCGCCGCACCACCUCAAGGUCGCUUACCAGGCCGACGACUGCGCGUCGGAGCACGAGUCGUUCUCGGUGCACCGGUUCAGUGCCUCGAGACCACCACCACCACCACCACCACCACCAGCAGCAACGGAAGGAGGAGGAGAAGAGAGCGCGGCGGACGAGCUGGAGGCGGUGUGGCUGGGCGAGGGCAGUCUGCAUCGGGUGGCGCGGGCCAUCGUGCGCAAGGCGCUGGCCGGCGGGCGGCUGUGUGCGACGGCGGAGAGGGAGGUGCGGCGGCUCGAGGCCCAGGGUGGAGCGCCCACGUGCGCUCCUCCUUCCGCUCCGUCGUGA